AUGGCCGGCGCAUUGAAAUCGCUCAUCAACAGCGCCAAGGCGUUCGCGAUCGGCGACUCGGGCAGCAAGGCCUCGAUACACGACCUGUUCCCCAAGGUCGACAAGGCCAUCGACGGCGAGGACUGCGACCACGACUGCUCCAGCUGUUCGAUACAGUACCCGAAGGGGUUUAAGGUUGAGGAAAACGAUGAUCUGUACGGGUUCAUCAAGGGGUGGAGCACACACCUCCUGGUGGCGACGGGCAAGACAGACUGGGUGCGCGAUGUCGCCGACGAGAAGGGCAGCAUCAUGCAGGCGAUUGACGCCGCAAAGGGGCCCACGAACGGGCUACCAUGGCCAGUUACUAACAUGCGCCCUCCAACAGCGCCUCAUGCUCUCGGCCUCCAACAUGCCCACCCCGCACCAAACGACCUCCUACUCCGAGCCGACGAGCGUGCUCCUCCUCCCGGCCUUCACCAUCAUCGAGAACGUGACGCCCGCCACCGUGCCCACCCUGCUCACCUCCAUCAUCUCGCACGCGCCCACAACCAGCAGCCCGCUCGCCCCCUUUGCCCUCCCGCGCUCCCUGCCGGCCCCGCUCCCCGAAGGCACGCCCGCGGCCAUCAAGGACCUGACGACGCGCCCGUGCCCGCACCGUGCCCUGAUCCUGCUGUGCAGCCAAAGACGCGCGAUGUGCGCUGCGGGCAGUCCGCCCCGCUGCUGCGCGCGAGUUUCAGCGCCAUUUGCAGCCGUUGGGGUUGUAAGAGAUCUGGGAUGAUGAGCGGCUCGGGGGGGUGGGGGAUUUAUUUUAUUAGCCAUGUGGGUGGGCAUAAGUAUAGUGCGAAUGUUAUGAGUCUAUCGGAGAGAGGAGCCGGUACAAAGAGAGAGUCGAGAGAGAGAGGGGUGAAGGAAGAGGGGCAGAAGGAAGAUGGGGGGAAGGAGAGUGGUGGAAAAGAGGGAGAGGGGGCGGAACAAACAGCCGAAAAGGAUACGGAGGAAAAGGGGGAGGGGGAGGGGGAGGAGGAGAAUGUGCUGGCGGAAGGGGAUGUCGGAGCGGCGCAGUGCAUCUGGCUUGCAAGGGUAAGGCCGGAAGAUUGUGAGGGCAUCGUCAAGUUUACGGUGCUGCAGGGGAAAGUGGUCAAGCCCGAGAGCCAGCUACGGGGUGGGUUUGACCGGGGCAAGGGGUUGAUGAGUUGGUGA